UUACGAAAUUGAAAUCCUAUUCUGAACUGUUUGAUCUGAGUUCUACCUGAUUUGUCAAGUGUGCUAGCUAGCUUUCUUUUUUCACUUUUUAUGCUCUCGUUCACUUUAAUUUCAUAGUAGUUAUCUACCAUGUCGGUGGCGUUUGCACCUCACAGGCAGCGUGGAAAGGGUGAUAUAACGCCCGCUGGAAUACAAAAGUUACUUGACGAAAACAACCAGCUGAUCCAGUGUAUAAUGGACUUCCAGAGUAAAGGCAAAACAGCAGAAUGUUCACAGUAUCAACAGAUGCUGCACAGAAAUUUAGUGUACCUGGCCACGAUAGCAGACUCCAAUCAGAACAUGCAGUCUCUCCUCCCCGCUCCGCCCACUCAAAACAUGCCCAUGGGCCCUGGUGGGAUGAACCAAAGUGGACCCCCUCAGCAGCCUCCUCACGGUCACAACAUGCCCUCUGAGGGUAUGGUCAGCGGUGGCCCUCCAGCCCCACACAUGCAGAACCAGAUGAAUGGACAGAUGCCUGGGCCUAAUCACAUGCCCAUGCAAGGUCCCGGUCCAGGCCCCAACCAGCCCCCAAACAUGCCCAGUGGCUCUAUGAAUAUACCCCCCAGCAGCCACGGCUCGAUGGGUGGUUACAAUCACACCGUCCCUUCUUCCCAAGGCAUACCAGCUCAGAGCCAAAUGAACAUGACCCAGGGCCAGCCCAUGGGAAACUAUGGGCCUCGGCCAAACAUGAACAUGCAGCCCAGUCAAGGCCCCAUGAUGCACCAGCAGCCUCCCUCUCAGCAGUAUAACAUGCCUCCUGGUGGUGGUGGACAGCACUACCAAGGGCAACAGACCCCAAUGGGUAUGAUGGGCCAGGUCAACCAAGGGAACCAUGUCAUGGGGCAGAGGCCGAUGCCGCCCUACAGACCCCCACAGCAAGGACCCCCUCAGCAGUACCCAGGGCAGGAAGACUACUAUGGAGACCAGUACAGUCACGCAGGACAGGCAGCCUCAGAAGGUAAUGCCCAGUAUGGCCAACAGCAAGAAGCAUACCAGCAAGGCCCACCCCAGCAGCAGGGCUACCCUCCUCAGCAGCAGUACCCGGGUCAGCAGGGCUACCCACCACAGCAGCAGGGUUACGGUCCUUCCCAAAGUGCCCCAGGACAGUAUCCUAACUAUCCUCAGGGGCAGGGACAGCAGUAUGCGGCCUAUCGCCCUCCUCAACCAGGACCCCCACAGGGCCAGCAGCAGCGCCCUUACGGCUAUGACCAGGGGCACAUCAGGAAAUAAAGACCCGGGGAUUUGAACCCCUGACUAGCUCUGUAAGAAGCAAAGGGCCAGUAUGGAAAUUACCAGCAAUGAGAGAUGGUCACAGCAACCCACACAGCUCUGCUCUGAUCUCUGUCUGAGCUUUGACCUCGCUCUGGUCAACUGCUAAGCAGACUUAAACGAUGGUUGUAGCUCACAGAGAUUCUCUCAUACAAGAACAUACAACGCUCAAAAAUACAAGAUACGUUUCCCCCCCCUCUCUUUGGGCUCCUAUAAAAUGUAUUCUGUUCAUCAUGUACAUUGACUUGAUAAUGUCAAAGUCCAUGACUCACCCUCUGGUCCAGUAUGUCUCAAAGCAGCAAUGCCUUAAAAAAAUGGAACUGCCUUAUCCUUUUAGCAUUGCAGAUUGUGAAACGGGCUAACGAAAUUUUUUUGGAUAUCAGAGAUGAUUUAAAAAUGUACAGUUUCAAAUCUACUGUGGUGCAUUGUUUCUCUAUCCUUCAGCUCUUUGUUCAUAAGAAGCAAUAAUGCCAGCAGUGGGGGAAAUGUGUGUGUGUGUGUGUGGGGGGGCUCGGAGAUGAAAUAAUGCACCAGACAAACUUCCCGCUAGGCCAUGGUACGUGUCUUGAUGUAUGUGAUGAUGUAAAAAUAUAUUUUAUGCUUUUUAGAUCAAGCUAACUUUGUAUAAGACAUUGGAAACUAGUACUAAAGCUGUGUUGUUUAUUUCUUUCAAGUGUAUGUGUCAAUGUUUUUUUUUUUUUUUUUUAUGAUGAUCCCAUCCAGCACAUUUUUUUUAUUUUUUAUUUUUUAUUUUUGUUGUGUUGAAUUGUAUAAUUGGAUCUGCUACGUCAGUAUGAUGGGCACUGUAUGACAUGAAUUGACAGAAAUUCCUUGAAGGACAAAUAGGAAUAUCCCACCUGGAAUUAGAAAAUGCUUAAUGCCUGAAAACACAUGAAACAAUUGCUGUAUUCUGUUUUAAGUCUGUGAAAAAAAAUCUAUAUCAAAUUUUGAUCAUGAAUAAAAACAUUUUUUUAAACCACAUAACCUGACAGAAUAAUGGCCACUGGCCUUUAUUUGACAAAUGUGCCCUUAGAGGUGAUAUGUAGCAGAUGCCACUGCAAAUUGUAAGUCAAUGCUCUCUGGAGCCUUUUUUUUUUUUUUUUUUUUUUUCUCUAUACAAGCACCUCAGUCUUGUCCGUUGACUGCAAAUUGGUGAAUGGGAAAGAUCAAACUUGGUAUAAGAAGAUAUUUCUGACUUUGUUUUGUUAGUCUUGACGAUGCUGGAAUCCCCUUUUCCCCCCUUUUGAAUAAACGUCUAAGUUGAUGUCAUUCAAAUGUUCACAGUGUUGUUUGUGUGUGAAUAAUAAAGAUUGUUACUGUCAAAUAUGUAACAUAAGAUGUGAAAAAUAAUGUUCUCAAAUGGAUUCCUUAAGUUCACAGUAAAGACUGGUUGUGCAGUUUUAUAUCACUGGCUUGAUAUCUUGUUUUAUGGUGCAUAUUUUAUUGAUCCCAUAUGUACAGCGGCGUGAAGAAGAGGAACUCAUUGUCCUCCGAUAUUGUUUAUAUGGCUGUUUUUUCUUUUUGUUUUUUCUUUUUCUAGAUGUUUCCUCAAAAAUAGAGGCCAUUUCUGCACCCCCAUCCAAGUGGUCACAUUUGUGUCAUGGCAAUGUAUAACUGUACAUUACAAUAAAUUGGAAGAAUCUUUAAUAUA